AUGAUGCGGUCAGAGCCACGAUUCGAUCCAAAGCGGAAACGCAUCGACCACAAGAAGACUCAGUUUGCUACGGCAUCCUAUAGAGAGAACGACUAUCCCUACCGACUGUCUUUCUACGAUGUUCCUCCCACGCAGGAAAUCAGCCUGGAGGAAUUCGAGACAUGGGCUAUCGACAGGCUGAGGAUACUGGCGGAGAUCGAGGCUUGCUCGUUCAGAAAUAAAUCGCCGGAAGAGACGUCAGCGCACCUUGAACCUUUGCUCAAGAAAUACCUCCCGCUCUCCUCCAACUCAGCAGCUGCCGGCGGCAUUGUCGACCAAAGAUUGAAGAAUCAAAGGCGCAAGGACCAUUACUCCCAUUAUAUCCUCCGACUUGCCUUUUCCAGAACAGAAGACCUCCGCAGACGCUUCGCCAGAGUCGAGACCAUGCUGUUCCGACUCCGCUUUCAGUCUGACGACACACGGGAACGUCAAGCAUUUGUCGAGAGCCUAAACAUGGACUGGGAAGUGGUCCAAGAGGAAGAAAAGAGAGCCUUGGGUGAGCAACUUCUAUCCGCUACGCCUGGCCUCCGACGCCUCGAGGGAGAGAACUGGUUCAAAGUGGAUUGGACUAGGGUGCCAGAACUGGUCGAGCAUCGCACAGUCCUUGUUCGAAAAGGCAAAGCAUAUGUUCCGAUGCGCGAACAGACCAGCAUGGUGCUCACCGAAUUCACAAGCCGGCUAGACAAAGGUCUCGAGCUCACGGCCCGCAAUCUACCCAGAUUGGACGAAGAUGAUCGCCUCUCUCCCAUCCUCGACCACCUUUCCAAAAACUUUGCCACUCCCGAUGCUGGUUUCUCUGACUCGGACUCUUCGCUCGCCGGUGCCGCCAUCACUGCGGCCAAUAUUGACAAUCUCUCACAGCAUUUCCCACUUUGCAUGAAACACCUACAUAACACACUCCGAAAAAAUAAUCAUCUUAAGCACUAUGGACGUCUGCAGUACACACUGUUCCUCAAGGGCAUUGGGCUCAGCUUGGAGGACUGCCUUAUCUUCUGGAGGCAGUCGUUCAAACUUAUUACUGACGACCAAUUCAACAAGGAAUACCGCUAUAAUGUCCGCCACGCCUACGGCGACGUCGGUGGCGACGCGAAUCGGCGUGGACGAGGAUAUUCACCGUACUCGUGCCAAAAGAUACUCACAGAACAUCCGCCCGGCACGGGAGAGGCCCACGGCUGCCCGUAUAGACAUUUUAGCGUGGACAAUCUCACCGCCAUGCUACAAGCCACGGGAGUCCACGAUCGAGAGGUCUUGAGAGGUGUCAAGGACGACGUGGAGAAGAAGAGGUUUCAUAUCGCCUGUAACCGUGUGUUUGAGUGGGCACACAAGCAAGAGAUCAAGAAGGUCAAAGAUGAAGGUAUAUGGGGCCCGGCCGAGCUGGAGACGAUUGUGCACCCGAACACCUACUUUAAGAGGAGUUAUCUGUUGAAGAACCUGGGAAAUUCAGCGAAGCAGGAUAUCAAGAUGGAGGAUUGA